GCUAUCGUCUGUGGUGUUUGUAGUUUUCACUUUUCAAAAAUACAAAGCUUAUUAUGUGCAUACAACUCCUUUCUGUAGUUUAUGGGUCGCAUUUCUUUAAAUAUGCUAGACAAUUAUUUUUAAACAAAGUCAAUACUUUGUUUCCCUCAUGCGUUUAUUUAAACUCAAAUUAACAGAGGACGCCUCAGUGACUUCGUGCGAACAAAACACUUAUCGCCUGGCUGUAAUUGCGCAAUUGUGCGUUGUUUAAUUCGGUUCUGAUAACGUGUGCGUUCUGUAAAUAACAGGUGACCUAAAAUGUACUCUGCAAACUUCCAGAGGAGAUGAUGAUGAAGUAAACCGCGUACUUGUAUUACAGCACGCGGAACUACCAGUGAGUGUGUUGUGUCUACACGGACUGUUUAUGGUUGCGGUCAAAAUAAUGAGCGUUUACUUGGUUUUCGUCAUUGUUUUCUUGUAUCUAGUUUGGAUAAAAUGCAUUUAUUAUCAACAUCGGCGAACUUUGGCGAAGUCGUUGAAACGUAUAAUGGACGUUGUGUCAGGCAGAGAAACAGACGGCGCUGACGUCAGAGCCCUGAUUGUCACUGCACACCCGGAUGAUGAAUGCAUGUUCUUCGCGCCAACGAUUAUACGACUUGUUGAGUUAAAUGCCAGCGUCCAUCUGCUGUGUUUGUCUGAAGGCAACUACUACAGUCAAGGAGCUCAUCGUAAGCAAGAACUUCUCAACAGCUGUGCCGUGUUGGGGAUACCAGCAUCCAGAAUCACCAUAGUUGACCACAAGAAACUUCCAGACGAUCCUAAAGCGGAAUGGAGCGUCUCUUUGAUAUCCUCUGUGAUUGUGAAGCAUGUAAGAGGCCACUCCUUCAACAUGGUGCUGACCUUUGAUGGAAGAGGAGUGAGUGGCCAUGCCAAUCACACUGCCAUCCAUAAAGCUGUCAGCCAUCUUGCUUCCACUGGACAAGUGCCUCAUGACUGCUGUUUGCUUUCCCUGGUGACUGUUGGCCUCUUCAGGAAGUAUGUGUCCUUACUGGAUCUUCCCCUCAGCUGGUUGCUGACCUCCAGUCUCUGCUGUGCUGUCACCUCACAGGGCUACAGACAAGCCAAAGCAGCAAUGCUUUGCCAUCGCUCCCAGCUCCUGUGGUUUCGAUAUCUGUACAUCACCUUCUCACGGUACAUGUUCAUAAACACAUUCCGGAUGAUUCCACAAGGACCAAAGAACCUGAAGAUCUAUUAAAAGAUUGUUCUCCUUCCAAGGAUCUGAUUGUGACACUGUUGCACAUCCCACUGCCCGACUACCCAUGUUGGGGGUGAGUCCAUUACUUGUUUACAGAUCUGAUGAGCUGUUUUGCUCACAGUGAAUACAGAUGUGUUUCACGGUUUAUUGCAGGGGGUGUCAAUCUCAAGUGACAUGGGGGCCAAUGAGCUUCUAGUCUGGUCAAUAAAGUGGGGGAAAAAAAACAACUGAUCAGUAGUGGG